CAUCAUCCGAUCCGACGCCACUGCCUUGGUUAGCUUCUGCUGCCGUAAUUGUCUCCAGGGCUGCUACUCCUAUUUAUCCUGUUGUUUUUCUUUUUUUUUUCUUUGAAGGGACUAUUUCAUUUUCUGGGAUUUUAUACAAGACCUGGAUAUAAUACGAAGUGUUUUUGUUCGUUUUGGAUCGAGGUGUGUGUGUGUGUGUGUGUGUGUGGAGCUCGCCUGUCUUGGUUGGCUUGGGAAAAGCCACUGCGUAUCAAAUAGCAGGUGUUUAAGAUGCUGCAGUGAGUUCGGAGCUGAAUCUUAACUGAAGCCUCAGCAUGUCUAUACUGCUGAUGGUGGGUGUGGUGAUGUGGGGGGCCCAAGGGGGGGUACAUGGGGCCAUGUGUCCCGGAGGGGUCCUUGGUAACUGCCCCACCCAGCAGAGCAAUACCUCCGGUGGGGGUGAGACCUCCAGGGACUACUGCUACACCGCCCGUAUCCGAUCCACCGUGCUUCAGGGUCUGCCCUUCGGAGGGGUGCCCACCGUCCUCGCACUCGACUUCAUGUGCUUCCUGGUACUCCUGUUUGUGUUCUCCAUCUUGAGGAAGGUAGCGUGGGACUAUGGCCGCUUGGCGCUGGUCACUGAUGCAGACAGACGGAGUCAGCGAUACAGCCGUCUGGACGAACAGGAAUAUGUGGCGUCUGCCAUAACGUCAGAGCUUCCCGAUCGCUACGAACGCCUGACCUCUGUCUCCAGCUCAGUGGACUUUGAGCAGAGAGACAACGGCUUCUGCUCCUGGUUAACAGCCAUCUUUCGGAUAAAGGAUGAGGAGAUCAGGGAGAAGUGUGGUGAGGAUGCUGUGCACUACCUCUCCUUCCAGAGGCACAUCAUUGGUCUGCUGGUGGUGGUGGGCGUGCUCUCAGUGGCCAUCGUCCUGCCCGUCAACUUCUCAGGAAAUCUAUUGGAAAAUGAUGCCUACAGUUUUGGACGCACCACUUUAGCCAAUCUGGAUGCCAAUAACAUGCUGCUGUGGCUCCACACCACCUUUGCGUUCCUCUACCUGUUGCUGACCGUGUACAGCAUGAGACGACACACCUCCAAGAUGCACUACAGAGAGGACGAUCUGGUGAAACGCACUUUAUUUGUCAACGGGAUCUCCAAGUAUGCAGAGGAGAAGCACAUCAAGCAACACUUUGAACAGGCCUAUGAAAACUGCUGUGUUCUCGAGGCUCGUAUCUGCUACGAUGUGGCCAAGCUGAUGUCGCUCAACUCAGAAAGGAAGAAGACCGCGCGUAGCAAGAAGUUCUUUACAGACCUGCAGUCCAAGGAGCACAUCCCCACCAUGAUCAACCCCAAACCCUGUGGUCACCUCUGUUGCUGUAUCAUCAAGGGCUGUGAGCAGGAGGAGGCAGUGAGUUACUACACCAAGCUGGAGUCCAAGCUGAAGGAGGAGUACAGGAAGGAGAAAGAGAAGGUCAACAGUAAACCGCUGGGAAUGGCCUUCGUUACCUUCCAGAACGAAGCCAUGACCGCCAUUAUCCUGAAGGACUACAAUGCGUGUAAGUGUCAGGGCUGCCACUGUCGGAGGGAACCCAGGUCUUCUUCCUUCAGCCAGCACCUUCACACAUAUUCCUGGACGGUCGGCUACGCACCAGACCCACAGAACGUCUACUGGGAGCAUCUGUCAGUAGGAGGGUUCCCCUGGUGGCUGAGAUGCUUCAUCAUCAACUGUAUCCUCUUCCUCCUCCUCUUCUUCCUCACAACCCCUGCCAUCAUCAUCUCCACCAUGGACAAGUUCAACGUCACCAAGCCUGUCGAGUACCUCAACAACCCCAUUGUGACCCAGUUCUUCCCCACCCUGCUGCUGUGGGCCUUCUCCGCCCUGCUACCCACCAUCGUGUACUACUCUGCCUUCUUCGAGGCCCACUGGACACGGUCUGGAGAGAACAGGACCACAAUGCAUAAAUGUUACACCUUCCUCAUCUUCAUGGUCUUACUGCUGCCCUCUCUAGGACUCAGCAGUCUGGACGUUUUCUUCCGAUGGCUGUUUGACAAGCGCUUCCUGGCUGACGCUGCCGUGAGGUUUGAGUGUGUGUUCCUGCCUGACAACGGGGCGUUCUUUGUGAACUAUGUCAUCGCGUCGGCGUUCAUCGGUAACGCCAUGGAUCUGCUGAGGAUCCCUGGUCUGCUCAUGUAUAUGACCCGGCUGUGUCUGGCUCGCUCUGCUGCCGAGAGACGCAAUGUCAAGAGGCACCAGGCGUAUGAGUUCCAGUUCGGGGCGGCCUAUGCCUGGAUGAUGUGUGUCUUCACUGUGGUCAUGACAUACAGCAUCACCUGUCCAAUCAUCGUCCCCUUCGGUCUGAUGUACAUGCUGUUGAAACACCUGGCAGAUCGCUACAACAUGUAUUAUGCCUACCUUCCCUCCAAGCUGGACAAGAAGAUCCACUCUGGGGCCGUCAACCAGGUGGUGGCAGCACCUAUCCUCUGCCUCUUCUGGCUCCUGUUCUUCUCCACUCUCCGCACUGGUUUCUCAGCCCCUACCUCUAUGUUUACCUUCAGCGUUCUGAUCAUCACCAUCAUCGUCUGCUUGUCCCAUGUCUGCUUUGGACACUUCAAAUAUCUCAGCGCUCACAACUACAAGAUUGACGUGGAGAAUGUGGAUGGGGUGGAGAACGGUCAUCGAGCACGAACCUCUCCCUCCAAUAAGUCAGCACAGAUGUACAUUGCCUCGGUGCUCCAGGAUCCCAGCUUAGACGAGCUGGGUUCGGCUGGCAGCGGGGUCAGCGAGGGCUCGCAGGACGAGGAGAUCAUCCAAGUGGGGAACAGCCUCAACGAGGCCGACUUCCAGAGUGGUGAGGACAGUCUUCUCGCUAACGAGGUGCGGCACUGACGUGAGGGGAUGCCGGAGACCGAGGACGGGGAGAGAGAAGAAGAGACUAAGGUGUAAUGUGACUGACGUGAUGGAUGCGCUGGUCUAGUGAAUGAAGCUACGGAGCUGAAACGGACUGACAGACAGCUCUAUAAGACAUGAAGAGAGACCACUAAACCUUAAACACCUUGAGUCAAGAGAGAGGGACUAUUGCUCUGUCUACACUAACGAACAAAGCAACACAAAUACCUUUCUCAUGCUUUUCACUCCUCUUCAGCUUAGGCCAUGGACCACCGUUCUCCAGCAUAUCUUUUCCCCCCCAGAGAGACUACACUAACACCAACAUGCAAAGACGAGAGAGAGAGAGAGAGAGAGAGAGAGAGAGAGCGGUGGACGACUGUCUACAUUAACUAACAAAGGAAGACUAACAAAGGAAGACUACUUACUAAAGACCUCUAUCAACAACUGCUUCUCUAGGAUUCUCUUGCUACUCUGACACUCUACUGUAGGACUCUAUUCCGGCGCUAGGACUCUACUGUAGGACUCUACCCUGGCGCUAGGACUACUGUAGGACUCUAGUCUGGCGCUAGGACUACUGUAGGACUCUAGUCUGGCGCUAGGACUCUACUGUAGGACUCUACCCUGGCGCUAGGACUCUACUGUAGGACUCUACCCUGGCGCUAGGACUCUACUGUAGGACUCUAUUCCGGCGCUAGGACUCUACUGUAGGACUCUACCCUUGCGCUAGGACUCUACUGUAGGACUCUACCCUGGCGCUAGGACUCUACUGUAGGACUAUGGCGCUAGGACUCUACUUUAGGACUCUACCCUGGCGCUAGGACUCUACUGUAGGACUCUACCCUGGCGCUAGGACUCUACUGUAGGACUCUACCCUGGCGCUAGGACUCUACUGUAGGACUCUACUCCGGCGCUAGAACUCUACUGUAAAACUCUGGCGCUAGGACUCUACUGUAGGACUCUAGUCUGGCGCUAGGACUUUACUGUAAAACUCUGGCGCUAGGACUUUACUGUAGGACUCUAGUCUGGCGCUAGGACUCUACUGUAGGACUCUAGUCUGGUGCUAGAACACUACUGUAAAACUAUGGCGCUAGGACUUUACUGUAGGACUCUAGUCUGGUGCUAGGACUCUACUGUAGGACUCUAGUCUGGUGCUAGGACUCUACUGUAGGACUCUAGUCUGGCACUAGGACUACUGUAGGACUCUAGUCUGGCGCUAGGACUACUGUAGGACUCUAGUCUGGCGCUAGGACUCUACUGUAAAACCCUGGCGCUAGGACUCUAGUCUGGCGCUAGGACUCUACUGUAGGACUCUACUAUAGGACUUUAGCCCGGCGCUAGGACUCUACUGUAGGACUCUACCCCGGCACUAGGACUCUACUAUAGGACUCUACUCCGGCGCUAGGACUCUACUCUCUCUGAUAUCUUCCUUCAUGACGAAUCUAUCUUUUCUGAUGGCAAAGUCACGCAGGGACACUUAGCAGUAGUUAACUCCCUCUUCCAAAUGUUGAUCCUAGAGCUGCCUCUGAACUGAGGCUCGGGACUGUGAAGUGAGAACAGCCAUUCUCUAAGAAAAACUGCACUGGGAGCCCCGCACACUCACAACUGAGAUGGGAAGAAGAUUCCUUUUAUUGGCCUUGUCUUGCAGUGCAGGCUGGGGGGGGGGGGGCUUUCUGUCUAGAUUUCCUUAAAACUAUGACUAUUGCACUUGAAAGAGAAGGAUAGGUGUGUGUCUGUGCCCUACACUGGCUUGGCUUAGUGGGGUGAUGUGGCUUUGGCUCGCAUGUGUUUUCCUCCUCACAGAACCUUGAGUCUGGUUUGCUAGAGGUCUAGAAUAGCCACUCGGGCAUGCCUCGGACUUCAGAGGGGUUGGAGGGAUCUUUAUUUCCCCUAAUCCUUUGCCUGUUCUGCCUGCAUCCUUAAUAGUCUCUGCACGAGAGGCUGCUUCACAACAAGCAGCUUUAUAUGAGAAGACGGAGAUGAAAUGUCUGUCAGCGUCACAAUGUUAGCCUGCUCUGGUCUCCCCCUACUCUGUCCCGACCGUCUCCGGGAGUCCCUACUCUGUCCCGACCGUCUCCGGGAGUCUCUGGGUGGUUCCAGCCCUGUGUAAAAAAGGAAGGUGGUCGCUAUGACGAUGACCACUCUGUAACAAACUGAACUAACACUCCCUCAUUGCUGUUUACUUUUAUGUUUAGCUUUUUUCGAUGUUGUUCAGCAACAAAAACUCUGGAUUUGUAAAAUAGCCUCUUUUUAUUUCAUUUUGUAUUUAUGUUUUAGGUUAUUUUAAGUUGGUCUGAGAACUUUAAUUACUUAACUACUGUUUCGACGUUAAAAUGACGUAACUGGAUGAAUGGAUCAUGUAACAUGGAUACUGUACCUCGUAAACAACACGGUUUCUCUGUCUCCUGGCCGGUUCUGCCCAGAGAAGUGGGACUGCGGCUCCAGACUGAGCCCUAAUGGAGCCCUAGCAUAACUGAAGGAGGAAGACAGCGGAGAACCCCUAGAUGAUGUCCCCGGGAAGCACAUAUGAAGUGGAUAUGACAGCCCACCCUGUACCCUGUUUUGUGUCCCACAACUAUGGUUGCAAAAAUCACAAAAUUGUCCCAGAGUUCCUAGGUUUUUCACAUCUUGGUUAGAAGUUUCUUGGAAUAAGGGAUAUCUGGGAAAAAACCGAGGAACUUUGAAAGUUUCUGUAAUUUUGCAACCUCAGCCAGUCCUCCUCUCCCAGCCAGGACUCUGUGGGACAACAUUCCUCUGUAGAGGGAGAACUCGACCCUUGAACUCUUGGUCUGUGACCUGUACAUGUUGUUCCCCCAGGACUCCCUGGGGUCGCGUUCAGCAGGGGUCGGGGCACAACGUGGUUGAACGUUCAGAUAUAUGUUAUGGCGAGCAAAAUAUGCCUCUGAAAUGUAGAAUAAGGAAUCAUGGCAACUCUAUUCAUGACAUUUCUAUCUGCAACGUUCCACAACGUUUGCCUACUGAAUGUGACCCUGACCUUUUGACUGGUCCGUGUUCACUAGUUCUAUCUCAUCGAACUGCUCUCAUAUCGUACAAGUUCCUAUACAAGAAGACUCUUUAUUUUGGUGUUUGUCACUGUACUAAAGAUUUAUUUCACUGUUGGUUUGAACAUUUUGUUUUUUUGUGUGGAGGGAAACGGGAUAACGAGCUUUUAAAAGAUAGUCUACCGAGUUCUGCCGACUCUAGAUGGGCUCUGAUUGGUUUAAGGAUGCCUAGCGGCAUCCAAUGACAACAUGAAUUGUGACAUCAGCGAGAUACUCUUAUCAUGUAGUGGUCUAUAAUGUCAAAUUAAAAUGUUUAAAAAAGUUAAAAUGAUCAUUGAGAAUUGAUAGAAAUGAUAAUGUCCCCAACUGCCAUCACUCAGCUACAGUGCUGUAUACUGUAAACACGGUGUUGUUAAUAUGUUGACAUGUAAAGUGUUAUAGAAAACAUGGACAGGACAGACAGGCGCUAUGUGGGACGCAGACAAUGAGUCUUAAUGCAGGAAGACCAGCGGGUUUUUAGAUGCUGGUGUUUUGUUUAUGUUUCACUUCAACACACUAUCCCGAUUUAACAGCGGAAAAACAAAAUGGAUGACACCAACUUCGUUGUUUUUAUAUUUUUCCUUCUCUGUAAUCUUUCAAGUAAUUCAGCCGCCAUAACUCACGAUGUCAUGUUGCUCUCUUCAAGUCGUUACAAUAUUCCACUGACCGGCUUAGUUUUCCUUCCAAAGUGUUGCCUUGUGGCAGAACAGAUCUAUCCUGGUUGAACCUCAGGGGUCUAUUAUAACCAAGCAGAAUCAAUGACUUAGCCAACUAUUAGAUGUAAUAAUGACUAGAUUUUUCUGGGUAAUUUAAGAAAGCUAAACUCAGAGAUCGACAUUCUCAUUUCAAGCUCAUCUAAAAAAAGAUUAAAAAGUUAUUUCAGAAUAUUUAAGGCAAAUUAUCUUAACUCAUUGAUCUUGCUUUGUGGUAUACCCUUCUGAGCAUUGUCUGGUUUAGCCUGGCUAUGUGCAUAUCUCCUAUAUAACUGUCAUUUCUGAAACAUUUCACCUGUCCUGUUUAAAGUCUUGGUUCCACAUUGUGGAAACGCAUCAAUAAAUAUGAAACAAAUGUCCUUUUGAAAUGUUUUCGUAGCACUAAUUUGUGCAGUCAGUCAGUGGGCUGAACCAUACAUGCUGAGCAGCUUUCCUAUUAUAUGCAUAAACCAAGUAACAAAUCUAGUGUCUAGUACACAUGUAAUGUACUCUGUAGUACCUCUAUAUAACUAGUCCAAUGUAGUGUCUGAUUCUGUACAGUAAAAUGAUGCACUCAGGAUUUA